AUGCUGUGGCCUAUCGGUGCACGAUUAUACGCUGCUGAAGCCGAGCUAUCAGCGAGUACCGCAAAUUGGAAGAAAUGGAUAAUUUAUACGCUUUCCGGUUUUGUAUUGCAAAUAUUUGUGAUUGCCAUCUUAUUUACACUUCAUAAAAAUCUCAAACGUCAAAAUAUUGCGAGUCGACUACGAAAGAAAGUUCACGUGGCUGGAACGUGGUUUCCACCUACUCUUGACAAUUAUUUUCCGCUGAAAUUGCUUAAAGAUGAUUGUGAGCAUAAUGGAAAUGUGGAAAGCAAUGGUAUGACGAGUGAAAAAAUUAAUGAAGAUAAACAAAAGAAUCAUUUUACCGAAAUUUAUCUGAUUCCUGAUCCUGAAGAUGAAAAAAUAUGCAAGAGAAAGUGGACUGUGCUUCAUGACCAGGCUAUGGAUUCAUUUCCUAUUAAAACACCGAUCGAUAAGUCACUUGCUAACAUGAAAAGUAAGAAUGGAAAAACUGCGCUUAUGUUGACAGCGCUGAAUCAGGAGAAAAAUGAGGAAGCAAGCUGUAUAGAUGUGGAAAAUCUAUUCUUGGUUGGAGCUCUCAUCGAUGCGGAAGAUGAUUGCGGUGAGACGGCUUUAAUUAUGGCUAUAAAAGCAGGACGUGCAGAAGUAGUAAAAUGUUUUCUACGAUUUGGUGCUGAUAUUACAGUAUCAGACAUUCAUAAUCGUACACCGCUACAUCAUGCAGCCUCAAUAAAUGCUGCUGAUAUUAUUCGCAUCCUUCUUGAAACAGAACAAAUAGAGGUAGAUGCGAUUGAUGAUACAGAUUGUAGUCCAUUAAUGACUAUAGCUAAGCUUGGCUAUCGAGAUCCCGAAGGGAUUGCUCUAUUGAUCGAUGCGGGAGCUGAUAUUAACUGUACUGGCAAUCAUAUUAAUGGUGAAACGUAUAAAGGCAGAACAGCACUUCAUUAUGCUGUAAUGCAAAGUAAUCAAGAGCUGGCAAGAUAUUUGGUGGAACGUGGUGCUAAUCUCAAUAUUCAGGAUCAUAUGGGGCAAACACCACUAUUUUUGGCUGCUUCUCAGGGUCAUGUUGAAAUGGUUCACAUGUUAGUGACCGCUGGUGCUCGACGAUACAUUCCUGAUAAUAUGGAUCAAACACCAGAAGAUAUUGCCAGUUCCAAGGAGUACAAAGAGAAACCACGAAUCAUCGAAGUAUCACCCACUCCAUUGGAAAUGGUAUUAAAUUCUGGCACCACAGCUGCAAUGACACCCGAAAGUUCAAAUUCAUCGAAUUCAUCUACUUUGCUUGAUCGUUCUAAAGAAUGUUACAAUUUUAAUUCACAUCUUCCAAAUGAAACUACCAAUUCACCAAAUACAAUUAUUUCACAGCAAAAUCCACAGGACUUUGUGCAGGUGCCGUAUUCCUCCAUGGAUCAUGCGUUUAAUCAAAGCUACAAUAUGCAGAAUGGCUGCCUAAUGAAUAAUGAAAAUAGACCGGUAACUUCCAUACCUCAUUUAGGAUUCGAAUAUUAUGUAUAG